GUUGGGCUCGCGCGCACGUUAAUGCGUAAAACGCAACUCCCCGUCGCAGCGCGCCUCUCUCCCUCUCUCGCGUUCUCCCUCCCCCUCUCUCGCCAGCCGUCAGCUGUACCACGACUCGCUCACACGCACACCGCGUGCUCUCGCCGCUCGUGAGCACGUGCCAACAAACCCCAGCAAGUUUGCCGUGCGCGUAGCAGAGAGAUAAGCUGGCAGCCUCGACCGCAGCGCUAAAGACGCGAAACAGGAGGGAUUGAAGCAGAUUGAUUCUGUGCUACGGUCGGGCGAGCAGCGAGCAACGCAUUGCAGAUUUUCACCACGAAGGCUGCUGCUGCUGCUCCCUUGCCCAAGGGCUCUCUCGCCAAGCACGUUGCUCAUCAGCCUCUACCCCGCCAUACGAGAAGACGAAGAAGACUCGCGUGAGAGGGCACCUACAAAAGGCCAUUCGUCCGCAAGACUAGAAAUCAAACAGCCGCAUUCCCGCUCCGUUUGCUCGGCUCUCGACGUGACCCAGCAACUCGCUGCCACAAAACAAGGGGCGACGGGUGCGUUUUGCGUGCGCGUUGCGGUCCGUCGGACCUUACGCAUGGGCUGUCCCCUCGGAACGAUGGGCGACGAGCCAGAGUUCAGCCAGGACGGGGUGCUCAACUUCCUCGUGGAGGCGGGAGGCCGCGCGGCCAACACCGAGCUCCUGCACCGGUUCAGGGGCGCGCUGGGCGAGCCGAGCGCUCGCGAGCUCUUCAAGGGCUUCGUGAACGCCGUGGGUCUCGUGAAGCAGGAGGACGGCGCCAAGUACGUGGUGCUCAAGAAGAAGUACAAGCAGCACUGGUGGUGCGCAAGCAGACAGCGGGGGUCGACGGGCCGCGGACAGCCGAGGCCGACGACCGAGGAGGAGGAGAUGAACGCGCCGAUGGGACCCUCUCCCCUCGGAGCAGCCGCCAGACCGUGGGGAGCCAUUCGGAGCAGUCGGCAGAGGCCGCGGCCCCGGCCAAGCAGCAGGUGGUGGCCCCGAGCAAGGCAGGGAGGGGGGGUCCCUUUGCGGAGGGCGACCUCGCGGCCAAGGCGGCGGCGGUGGCACGCCGCAGCGCCCGCGGACGCGUCGAGCCAGGCGGUGUCGUCACAAGGCCACGCCGCAGCGUCCGCGGAGGAGGACGAGGGGACGACGACCCCAGGGUCAAGGUCAGAGGCAGCCGAGGCCGAGGGCAGCGGCUCUCAGGACGUGGGGAGGCCGGGAGGGGCGACAGCGGAGAGGAGGGGUGCCGAGGGGAGUCGGGGCCAGGCGGUCCAGACAGUUCGAGCCAGGAGGAGGUCUCGAGUGGAGCGAGAGCUUCCGCUGCUGCUGCUGCUGCCGGAGCUGACGCCGGGGGAGGAGUUGGGAGAGGGUCCCUUCAAGACGACAUCCAAGAAGAAACUUAGCGCAGGGUCUGCGCGUCCCCGGGUCGCCCCAAGCGAAGAGGCAACAACUCCUCGUCGUCGUCGUCUUCGCCCAAGAGCCCAUUCAUCGCCCCCAACUUUGGCGGCGGCGGCGAUUCAGACACCGAAUCCGUGGGCUCGGCUCGAACCAGCGAGGAUGACGCUGCGGGGAGGAGGGGGCAGCAGCUUCGGAGCCCCUCUGGCUCUCGAGCCGGUGGAGCACGAGUGGAUCGUGAGCGCGGCGGCCGGCGACUGGAGCAACCUGCACGGCCUCCUGCUGGGAGAGCCGUCGCUGGCGCUGCGCCGUGACCCUCUCACGGGCUACACGGCGCUCCACUGGGCGGCCAAGCACGGCAAGGCCGACAUGGUGCCCGUCCUUGUGCAGGCCGCAGAGUCGUCGGCCGGGACGGCGGACGACGUGAACGUGCGCUCCCAUGGGGGCUACACGGCGCUGCACCUCGCCGCGAUGCACGGGCACACCGACGUCGCCAAGAUGCUCGUGGGCGCCUACGAGGCGAACGUGAACGCGCGCGACUACAGCGGUAGGAAGCCGUGGCACUACCUGGGCCAGGACGCCUCGUGGGAGAUCCGCGAGCUGCUCGAGGCGCCCGCGGGUGACGGAGCGGAGCGGCCCGCGGCGACGGAGGCGGCGCGCAGGAAGCUGCCAAGGCCGUACCUGGGCAGCCUCAGGAUCCCGGCCGGUCACGGUGGGGGAGCGGGGUCGGACGACGAGGCGGACGGUGGUGGUGGCGGCGGCGGUGGUGGUGGAAACUUUCUGCGCGACAUGCAGCUCAUGAGAAGGCAGUCGUUCGCCAAAUUGCUCAAGGCGCCGAUGAACAAGAAGCGCCACAAGACGCAGAUCAUCCACUCGUCGUCCAGCGUGAGAGAGACGAGGGCCAAGGAGGAGGGAGACCUGCCGGUUGGCAAGGUGGCCCUAUGAUCGCGCGGGAGGGCCCUCGCUCUCUGGCUGGGAUUGCUAUUGUUUUGAAAUGUUAUUUUAUAACCGUUGACGGUGCGCCACGGGGAGAUGUCCCAGGUUGACUUCGUGAGAAAGAGUGCUGUAGAAUUUUAUAGUUUUGUUAAAUUAGUGUGCAGCCCCUUUUUUCUCAAUCGCCUGUUAGUUACAGGCCUUCCCGUGCCAUGUCGGUCAUGGUGGUUGUUUGAGUUUGACCUUAAUGCCAUCACGCUGUUCAGCGCAGGUUGAAGAAUGAUCACUCGCCACGGACGUUAAAACCGUGACUGGGAAUGGAACGCAGGAACCUCCGGGCUCAUAGCGCAGUGCGCUCACCUCUUGCGCCACACACCGUCACGCGCUUUGGUUUAUAGGUCAAAUUAAACCCCGGCGAGUCCUGUCUACAUUUUUUAACACUCCGAUGUCGCAGCAGCAGCAGCUGAAGGAGACCCGAAUGGCGCCGACAAAUGCAUCUUGUGAAGGUUCUAUUUGCUCGGCCUAUAGACGAGACUUUUAACAGCAAGGCGUCCGCGACGAGGUCUUUGCUGUGCAGAGAAAAAACGUGCAGCCGUCUCGAGGACAAAUGUUGGCUUGUCGUCCCCUCGUAGGCAGCAUGCGCCACCAAUCCACGAAGUUGUCAAGCACAGGCGCACGCACACACACACACAGAGAGGCGACGGCCUUUGACAUUUUCGUACCCGCGGUAUUGUGGGCGGUCUUUUGUAAAGUGUUAUUUAAAAACAAAUAUUUUCAAAUGUACUGCAUAGGGUUAUUGUGGAUGUUUUAAAAAAAACAACAACCUACAGAUGAAUCCUGAAUACGAGAGUGAGUUGGAUAUAAAAAAAGGUUUCAGAAAA